ACAAACGACAUUAAAUCCUUAUGUGUUUGUUCUAUAUCACUCCUAUACGAUUCAUUUUCUUUAAGCAUAAGCAUGUGAUUGCUUAUGUGCGAUAGAUGUACUAAUUUCCCCCCAAAAUGGACAGACUUCGCCAGCGUUCAUAAAGUGGUACUUCCCAACGGAGGACUUUAGCGAGGUCAAAACGCUGUUUACGUUUCCGGUCUGUGGAUAAUUUGAUGUUUUUUUAGGAGAAAAUCACCGAAUAAUGAGCGUUUAUAACGUUUACACGUGCAGGGAGCGCAUGUGCGUCGUAGGCUUCAACGUAGACGCGCCCUGUCAAGGCUGGGCUGCGCACACGAGCGUUUGAUCGGAUCCGAUCCGCUGUCAGAUGGACGCGUGAUCGCGGAUGGUCUGAGAUGUUGGAGCGCCCUUUCUCGGCGUGGUUCUGGUUCGGAUCCACCCGCCCUGGUUUCUGCAGUGGCACUGCCCUCACACUGCUGCUCAUCCUGCUGGCUUGGCUAUGUGGGAUCCACACGAGCCUGAGUUUGGGACCAGGAGGGGAAUUCCCUGGAUUCUAUGAUUUCAUCUUCUACGCUUUAAGUCACGAGGAGUUACUGUCUCUUCUCUACAACGUCACCCUGUUGCUGUGUCUUGGACCAUCUCAGGAGAGGCGAUGGGGCACCUUGGCCUUCGUUGGCCUCUCCCUGCUGUCAACAGUGCUGCUGCCUCCUAUUUACGCCCUCUUCCUCUUCGUGACCGGGGAUGAAGCCAGUCGUGUUUGCGGCUUUUCGGCCACGCAGCUCGCUCUGUUCACUGCCCAGUGUCGUCAGGCGAGGCAGAGACGGGUCCUCCGCUGUUUGCCCCCGUGGUCACUGCCUUGGCUCUUCUUACUGCUUGAUUUGUUUCUGCUGCCCAGCGCUCCGGGGCUGCUGCACUUCUAUGCCAUUUGCCUGGGCCUCAACUACAGUUCUGAGUUCAUAGGAAUACUGCAGCGGAUAGAAGGCCUUGGCGUGUGUGCCUGUCUGCCAGCCUGGGCCUACGUUUCUGUCGUCCCCCACGUGUCAAACAACUAUCAGCUGCCCACCUACAUCAGCCCGACACACAGACCUGACCCGCACCUCGAGCCCUCUCAUCUGGGACUUGUAGCAUCUACGAGCAGGUCUCAGCUGCAGGAUCACUCGCUCCUGCAGCCAUGGAGACCUCCUGCUCCAGAGUGGCACCGCGAGCCCGCCGUGGCAACAGACGCGCAGCUGCUGGAGGAGCAGUUGCUAAGGGCGGGGAUACUGGCGUCGCUGCAGGACGCGCCCGAGGGCACAGCCGACAAAGUGGAGGUGCCCAAGUCUUCGGUUUCCUCGCUGAGGCUGCAGCAGCUGGAGAAGAUGGGCUUCCCGAUGGAGAAAGCGGUGGUGGCGCUGGCCGCUACAGGGCAGCUGGACGGGGCCAUCUCCCUGCUGAUCGAGGACCAGGUUGGGGAGGAGGCUGUGGUGGUCUCAAAAGGGAAAAAGUCUCCCACCACAUAACUCAGGAAUGCUCAGAGCUUAUUCUGAUGGACUGCUGUUCCUUCUGGUUCAAAACUGAAGAAUAUCACAUUCAUCCCAGAUAUAAAAUAUUAUGCUGGUCAGUUUGAGGUAAACUAAUAAUCUGACCACAGUUAAAAGGGGAAUUCUACCAUAUUAAAAAAUCCUGCAUAAUUCAGUGAUUCAUAUGUAAGUAAAAUCAUGUAGAGUGCUUUAUGGCUGUGUGAACUUCAGAAUUGGUGAAAAAAUUCAAAUUUCUUCAUAGUGGUGGUGAUAGGAACCAGGCGUCCAGGUGUCCAAAACCACCAGUGACCCUACACGUGUGUUCUGAGUUUAUCUGGAAUGUUAAUGAUUGUAAAAGGGUGAUGAAUCUGGAAUAAUACACACUAAUUAUAUAAUUAAAAGUUUUCACUUUUCACCUCCCAGUCCACACAGCCUGUCUAAUGAAACUAAACGGCUCAUUUUGAGCCAAAUCAUUUACAUACACCCAAAUUUUCAGUCUGCAGCAGUUUAGCCUCAUCCAUUCAGGCUGAAGUUAUAAGGAGUGUUUCAGCUCAGAGUGCUUUUUCAAUGAGGGCAGCCAAUCAGAACAGAGCUCAUUUACAUACAUCAGUCUUAAAGGCACAGCCUGCUUAAUUCUAAGGCAGGCAUUGGCAACCCAAAUGUUAAGAAGAGCCGUUUUGUCCUUUCAGCAAAAAUUGGACCAACCUGGGCGUCGCAACGUUUAAUGUCCGUUUAUCUUGGCUGUAAACGUGUCUCAGUGUGUGUUAAUGUACAAGUACAGGUUAAAAAUAUAACACAAACACAGACUCGCUCUGCUUUAAACUUCAGCUCAGCUGUAGCUGCUUUUCUUGCAUCUCCGGCAGGAAACUUUUCCACAAAAGUGGAGCUGUUUCUGGUAAAAUUCCUCUCAACGUUCAAGUUUUUACGAGGCUGAAGUCGCUUCUCAUUCCGAUUUUCCCGUUCCACCUUAGAUGGUGCCUGAGGCGGCAGAAUGUAACUGCUGCACCAUUUA